GCUAAAGAGGCAGAUGACUUUUGACUGACGAGCUCUGGCGGCCUGGCACUCUGGCUUCUGGGAUUCUUCUCUUUGCUGGAUAUUAAUCUAUGACUGUGACUCUUUGUGUUCUGUACUCUGUUGUUCGUUUCAUUUUAAAUACUACACCGCAGACGGAAAUAUAGUCGUCUACUAAAAAAUAAGUUAUCAUCGUGUUAAUAUAACCCGCACGCGGUCUCCAAAAUUAAGUGGAGCUCAACACAGUUACAUAUCUUGAGCCGAGCAACCGAGUUUAGCACAGCACAAUGUCUGCACACACGAGAGCAAACGCCCGAUUACCGCCAGAGGUGAACCGCGUGUUAUAUGUACGCAAUCUGCCAUAUAAAAUCACAAGCGAAGAAAUGUACGAUAUAUUCGGUAAAUACGGAGCGAUUCGACAAAUACGAGUUGGAAACGCCAAGGAUACUCGCGGAACCGCAUUCGUGGUGUACGAGGAUAUAUUCGAUGCCAAGAAUGCGUGCGAUCAUCUUUCGGGUUUCAACGUCUGUGGACGAUACAUAGUUGUGCUUUACUACCAAACGGUCAAAGCAUUCGCCAAAACGGAUCUUAAGAAAAAGAGCGAGGAUCUGGAGAAGUUGAAAGCGAAAUACGGCGUGGACACUGCAGCUUAACUGGAUUGUUUAAACGUUAUUUAUGAUUAAGUCGAAGUUCUAGAAUACCUUAUAAUCUAUUGUAUAUAAAAAAUUCCUUGUAGUAGUGAAUGUUAGUCGUGGGUGUUUUGAAUCUACUACUUGCAGGUAAUUCAACGUAUGAACAUGUAUCGUGAUGUGACUAAAGCGGACUACUCGCGUGUGCAACAUCCCCAAUGAAACAUUGGAUCUUGGUUAACACAUAUACUAGCCCGGGUAUGAAAAUUAUUAAAAUAAAAUACUUCCUGGACC